CUGCCUCAACAUUUUUGCCCCAAAAUCCAUUAUUCUGACAAUGCGUACCCAUUUAUAAGAAAUAUUCACUUGAAUGCACCUCUGAUAACAUUAUUUUUUGAAAAGAAUAUAAAUCGAGGGUCCACAAUCCGCCACAAUCGUUAUCACAUCUUUUUGGAUACGUGUCGUUUUGUUAGACGAAGGCAAUUUGUUCUAAUACUUUCCCCAUAAUAUAAUGCUGUGAGGGUUGGCGUCUCAUUUUUUCACAGUAAUAAUAUAUUUUCUACCACCAAUCUCAACUCUCUCCCAUUCAAUUUACAUUUAUCAGUGACCUUGCUUUAUGAGGGGACCUAUCUAAAACAAUUCCAGUUCCUUUCUUUUUUUUAUUAUAUUUUUCACAAUAAUCUGAUCUUCCCACAGUCGCCCACAGUAAAUAUGCUCUGGACCAGCUCCAAUUUCCAGAACCUAACGUGAUUUUUUUUCAAGUUUAAACGAGUUUUUUGCUUAAUAUUGAUAGCAUGGAUGAAUUAAACUUUGACUUGGUGUCUUUAUACAUCUAAGAUCUCUACAGCUGAUUUUUGACUUGUUAAUUAUAGCAUUGGGUCAGCUACUAACUGUUGUUGGUGAGCCCUCACAACUUAAUCCCCUUUUAGCAAACGCUAUAUAAUCCAAAUUUAGCUAGAUUAUGCCGGGCAACACUGAUAAUCAUUCGCCCACUCUCUGCGCAACUAAAUUCACAUCCAAAGCUUUUUCAGUACAAAAUGCUGUCUUGCAAAAUCAAAUUCGCGUGGGGCGAUUAAAAGUGAAGUAAGUUCCACCUACAAAAGAGACUAGCAAAUUCGUGGCUACCAAACAAGGGCUGAGUAAAUUGUUAAGCUCCAGCCCAAACUUUGUUCGUUUCGAAACAGAACCCUUUCACAUACUGCCCACUAUUUUACUUUGUAUUUUGCCUCCAUCAAUUCUUCAUGCGCCUAGCUCAUAGAAGUUUGAAGUCAGAUUUUUAUCUUAUGUUCAGAAGUAUCUAAUUAGUUGAAAAGAGACUUUUCCAGAUUAUGAAUAAUUUGUAUAAUCUUUAUUGCUCUUUAUCUUUUACUUCCCCAUUACCUAAAUUGCAAAUGAGCAAAUUAUGUCGCACCGUGAGCUCUUUAAACAAUAAAGAUUUAAAUGUAUAAAUUCAAGCUUUUUUUAUCGAUAUAUUUUUGAGGAAAGAACAAAAUAAUCUAGAUUUAUAGCCACUAUGACGACCCUCUAGCAUAUAAUCACAAAACAAUCAAAAUUUCACAAUUUACGUCUGGCCAAUCAAAGCAGGCUGCACCACGCUGAUAAACUUGGUCCACUGAUAUUGCAUGAACAAGUUGUUUCCAUGAAACCAAAGAAGAAACUAAAACCGCAUCGAGUGAAGCUUUCUCGUCACCAUGCCCCACUCAAAAUAGAAUUCGCGUGCGGGCGAAAGUAUUUUCAAGAAGUGCUUUCCAUUCACUUGUACAGCCUCAAGCUGUAUUUGCCACUUUCCCAACAAAGAAAUUGGGUGGUGCCUUCUUCACCAGCAUUGAAGGGCACAGGCCAACAAGAAUUUGUCUUUGCGCCUAGUAAAAAAGUUUAUUCCUGUCCCAUUUAAAUUUUCCUGAACGUGCAGUCAUGAAAAUUUUGCACUCCUCUGCAUGCACACACACCAAAAUAGAAAAAAACGUGAAGGGUGAGAAAACGACGAGCUAAAACUUUUUCAAGCUUUAUUUCCACCCAAAACCAUAAAAAUUGCAUGAAUCAUUAAAACUAUCGACAAUAAUAAAAUUAAACAGUUUUAAUUUAAAACCAAAAGCGUCUUACAAUGAGCAGGUUUUGUUAAGGAAGGGCUAAUUUUAUAUUUAAAUAAAAAAUGUAAACCCUGAGAAAAUUGCAAUUCAUAGUUAAAAAUCAUCUGCAAAAUAUACUUUUCAAUCCAACACGCUAAAUAUAAUAAUUUUAAAAUUGUUGCGACAUUUUUACUUUAAAAGCAGAAAUAAUUGUUAGAAGAACGAUUCCCAGUUGCAAAUUUUUCGAAAGUAGAGUAAGUUAUUAUUUAAUGUUAAAAUUUUUGAGUAGAAAUUUUUAAAAAAGGUGCUCCACGUCGUUUUUUGCAAUGCGCGUGUUAAAAAUUUCAUUAAAUAGGACCACUUUUAUAUCUGUCCCGUUGUGUGGCGGCGGCAUUUAAUUAAAAUUUUCAGCUAUACACAAAAGUUGUGCGGGUGGUUGUGUGAUUCCGAUCAUCAAACACUGAGCGCGCUCCGGCGGCAGGAAGGGCGCACGGCGCUGAAUCGGCAGGGGUUGCGGCACCAGAUUGAUCAGAGAGUCGACGGCUGCCGGCGGGGUUGCAUCGCGAGAAGAGACUUUCGCUGCCACAGGUCGAUUUAUCUGCUCAAAUGAUGCCGAACGUCAGCCUUCCUCUCAUCUGCCUUGAUUGCCUAUCGGAGCAGGAAAAUACAAAUUUGACGAUCUUUGACGACGCCGCUAACAAAUCAGUGCACAAGUUGAUCGGAUGGAACCUGAAUGCGGAAGACUUGAUUCACGUUCCACCCCACUGGCUUUCCUACGAAGCUCCUGAGCCUGUUCUCAACUAUUUUCUCGGGACAGUAUACAUCUUUUUCUUCAUAGUGUCUCUGAUUGGAAAUGGGCUGGUAAUCUGGAUUUUCAGCACGGCCAAAUCGCUGCGAUCGGCUUCCAACGUGUUCGUCAUCAACCUGGCGAUUGCCGACUUCGCGAUGAUGGCCAAAUCGCCCAUUUUUGUGUACAACUCAUUCCACCAGGGUUAUGCGGCUGGCAACUUCUGGUGCCAGGUUUACGGCACUGUCGGCGCCUUCACCGGCCUAGUCCAGGCCUCGACAAAUGCCUGCAUUGCAUACGACAGAUUCAAGUGCAUCACUAGUCCAUUGAACGGCAAAGUGGGCAAGAGGAAAGCAAUUACUUUGGCGCUGCUGACCUGGACGUGGGCGACCCCUUGGGCGAUGCUGCCCUUGUUUGAGAUUUGGGGCAGAUAUGUGCCAGAAGGAUUUCUAACAAGUUGUACUUUCGACUUCAUCACGCAGACGGUGUCGACCAAACUCUUUGUGCUGACCAUCUUUGUUUUCGCCUACCUCAUCCCCAUGUCGCUCACAAUCUACUUCUACUCACAAAUAGUCGGCCUUGUCAUAAAUCACGAGCGAGCCCUCAAGGAGCAGAUGAACGUCGAGUCACUGCGAAGACGGGUGAAAACGACUGCGUCUGCCGAGAUCCGCAUUUGCAGGGCUGCGAUUGGAAUCUGCCUGCUCUUUGUAAUUUCGUGGACUCCGUACGCCAUAGUCGCCUUGAUUGGCGCGUUUGGAAAUCAAAAGCUGUUGACCCCGGAGGUGUCGAUGGUGCCCGCGCUUUUCUGCAAAAUGGUCGCGUGUGUCGAUCCAUACGUGUAUGCAAUAAGUCAUCCAAGGUACAGAGCCGAGUUGAACAAGAGAUGGCCGUGGCUGAACAUCAAAGAGCCGCUCGGAGCACCCGCGCCCUCAGAAAACGCCUCGCUCGGCAGUCAGGCCGCUGCCUCGCUGUGAAAACUUCGCACUUUUCAAGCUUUUAAUCUGGAAAUGGAAAGACCGAGUGUGUGCGUUUUGUCACCAGAGAUAUACUUGUACAACCAUAUCAGCAUAUGCACGCAUGAGAGGUGAAUGAAAUAAAAGUGCGCGCUGCCUUUUUCAUCGCAUAACAUCAACGCAAGACAGUUUCAAGUGUUUGAGACGGAGACGGCAGCAUCGACGGUUUUUAAUUAUAUGCGUGGAGACUGGAAGCGGCUCUUGUCGCAUAUAAUUAAAAAUGUACAUUUUCAUCAAAGGCAUUAUGCAUUAAAUAAAUGAACAAAAGAAACUUUGACUACACCGUCAAUUACAGUCAGGUCCAAGUGUAUUAAGCAACCCGCAAAAUCUUCUUGGAAAACUAUGAGUAAUUUAAGGAUUUUUCAAUCAUGAGGAAUUAAAUCUGCAAGUUAUUUUUAUCAAUACUAGUUUAAUUAGGUCGUCAAGCAAUAUUAUAAUUGCAUUUAAAAACCUUAAUUAAUUUUGGUGGUAUAAUUAUAUAAUACACAAUGGCUACCAGGGCUACCUUGUGUAGGAAAAAAUUUUUCCAAGCAGAUUUAAAGGAAAAAAAAUUAUUUUAGAAUUUCUCAAUUCAUUACUUUUUA